AUGGACGCGUCUCAUCUCGAUGACAAGAUGGACGUGGCUUCGUCGCCAUUUCGGCAAGUCGACGAUAUCGACAUCGAGCUUGACUCUGUUCGUGAACCGUCUGUGAUUGGUUCCGUGCAGGACGAGAUGAUCGAUGAUACCGUGGUAGCUGCCGACGCGGCCUCCGAUGUCAUGCAAGACGAGUUCGACGAGGCUCUCGCCGACGACGAUAUGUUUGAUGACACAAGACAAGACCAAUCCGAACAGCAAGAUAUCGACUACAACAUGGAUGGCUCGAUUGAAGUGGUGCAACAUGAUGAAGAUGAGGAUAUCCUCUACGAAGAUGAAGAUGAUAUUAGGGCUGGGCCUCCACAGAACGACGGGAUAGUUGAGUACAACAGCAAUGAAACGUCGCCAGGCUAUCUAGAGGUUGCUGCUGAGGUCAUUUUAGAAGACCUUGACCACCAAAUCGAACCAACGGAAGAGCACGACUUCCUUACUAAUGAAUCAGAGAACCUCCCAGUCAGUGACGAUACCAUUACCGGAGAUCAACUCGCCGACAACCUUGACCAGGACCAAUCACUCAACGUUCCUCAAGAGUACCUAGGAGAACCAAGCGAUGGACAAGAUCAUCAGCAGCAUGACCCUCUCCCACAGAGCCAAGAAGAUCCUAAACAAGUUGAGCCUCUUCAACAGCAAACCGAACGGCAAGACAUCCUUGAGGAGCCACACGAAACGCAGGCUACAAUCCACCCUGGUGAGUCUCUAGUAUCAGCUGAUGCAGGAGAACCGGGACAGGAGCACCAUGAGGAACCGGCCAAGAGCAAUGCAGAGACCAGUACUCCCAAGACUAUGCAUCCUAUAACCCUCUAUUACCUGGAAGAAGAAAUGUCGCUCUUUCCGCCUAUGCUUGGAGACACCUCGAGCGUAUACUUCUUGUCUGACUCUUCGCUAGCCUUCGAGCCGUUGGACAAACUGCUUGCAGCAUGUCGUGAGAUUUUGGUUGGGACUUUGGAUCAUCACGAUGAGCUUGUGUUGGACGUGCCCGGGCUCGGUCUCCACAUUUGCGAAGACUCGAAAUAUGCUGCUCAACUCACCCUAGCUCAGGUUGUUGAUGUUUACCUUCGCCUUUGCCACAACGACGAGCACCAGGAGGCUCAGCCUCUGUAUUGCAAUCUCAGCAGCAGAGUCAGUUUAGCAUCCCAAUACGCGUACCUCGCAGCUGCGAGUGGUGAAGGCAAGACGUACGCCGAGAUCGCUGCAGAUCAUGCGGACAGCCCGGAGUUGCAAGAUGAAGAUACAGCAGUAGCGAGUCAAAAGCAGGCAGUAAGCAGUAAUCAAUCUGCAACCGAUGCAGACCCACUCGUCGCCACCGACCAGCCAGGCAAUAUAUCGUCUACAGAUAUUGCUGAAAACAGCGAUAAACCAGAUGUCUUUGAUUUGGAAGAUCAAGCACAGAAAGACGCUGCUGCUCAGAUCACGGCUACGACAGAAAAUGCACCCCCUCCAGAUACGGACAAUUCGGAGACUUUUGCAGGAACCGACGAAUCCGAACAGCCCGAUCCUCAUGAGGAUGGCAAUCCACACGAUGGCGAACGAGAGGAUGGCAAUCCACACGAUGGCGAACGAGAGGAUGGGUAUGGCGAGCUUCCAAUUCCUGAAAGUGCUGGCGAUGAGCCAAAGCAAGGACCUGGGGACACUGAUCACUCCUAUGAGGAUCGUGAAGACGAGACGAACAGUUCGCACACUGUCGACGGCGACCCGGCCGACGCAUCUCUCCAAGCUGCCAGUGUCGAUAGCCCUGGUGCAGAUAUCUUUGAUAGCGGCCCAGGUGACGCACAGCAAGAGGAUAUCUUCCCUCCAGAAGAUGACAUCGUUGAGCCGGACUAUGGGUACGCGGCUUACGAUGACGAGGAGCUCUUUCCCGCUAAACCUGGAGAUGAGGAGACCCGCGAAGGAGAUGUCACAGCAGACAUCCCAGCUGAUGACCAAAGUGCGACCUUACAGGACCUCGCCCCGCAAGAUCCACCGGAGGAUGUCGUUUCGUUCACCACCCUUGAUGAGUCCCAUGGUCAAGAGAAGCCACGAUCUGCAUCGCCAGCCGGCAUUCCCACGCUGGACAACCUCAGUCCUCCCGUAACUCCCAAGCAGGUCAAGCGAAAGGCGGAAGAUGCUGACGACCUUCUGUUCCUCGAUCUGGACACUCCGGACCCCAAACGGCCACGGUCUUCGUAA